CGCGGCAUGAGAUCAUAUUAUUUUAUUUGUUCGCGAUUGAAUCCCAGCAAACAUGUGCAAUUCUGUGAAGGAGUUUGCAAUAAAGCUGCUGCGUAAUAGCCGUUCGCUGUGAAAAGUGUGUGUAUUUGUACGUUUUCUUUCGCGAGCAUGUUUCGUGCGUCUUAAACCAGAACAAAACAGCAUGGAGACACCAAAAUCGCUAACCGCGAGUCGACUGGGGCGCUUGCACGAGAAUUCUCCCACACUUUCGAGCCGAAAGAAAGCCCUUUUCGGUCGCGAUAACAAGGAUGACUCGGAAUUGGGUCCAAUGACACCGAUCCGGUCUGGCAAUCAACGCAAAAGUACCAGAAAGUCUAAUCCCCCGACACACAACAUCAACUCGUUUCGGAAUCUGUUCGGCAAUGAAUCUCCCGAGAGCGAUCGUUCCCUUUCGCCCGAUUUUAUGCUAAGGUUCACCAAUAACGGCCGCUACGAGUUGCUGCCGGCAGAUCCGGACAAAGAGAAUCGCCUCGUUGACGAGGAAACGCGGUUCUCGUUUCACAGUAUCCCCGAGACACCCUCGAGCAGUAGGCUAAGCGCCGAGGAGAACGCCCAGCUCGAUGAAAGCAACUCGAACUCGCUUUCGCUGCUGAUGAGCUCGGAUUUGAAUCUGGUCGACAAACGGACCAAACCUUACGUCCUUCGAACACCCAGUGUAAGCGUGCGUUCCAGUGAGGCUAAACCAACGCACGUACGAUCGCUGGGGCCAGCGAUGCGCCGAACACAACGUCCCCUGCCAUUCCAGGAGCACAACGAUACGAUACAACAUGAUGCUGCCGCAUCACGAUCUAAGGUGGCUUGUUCCUCGCCGUCACCCUGGCGAUCGGGUAUUGGUAGCGAUCAGGAGAAUGAAAUACCACCCAAUAAGCGGUCAGGUAACAGCCGUGCGCGGACGUCCCUACAGUUCAACAAUGUGCAACCGAUUCCGACUAAAUCAUUCUAUUCCUCGUCAUCGUCAACGUCGAUGGCGACAAUGGAAAGACCGAAAACACCCCAUCCGCCUAUCGCCUCAUCGAUGAGUAGUGAUGGUGGACCGAAGAUCACUACCCCACCAACACAGGAGUCCACUGGGGGCAAAUCGACCUGUAAAACCCCUCACAAAACCCCCCACAAAACUCCACACAACAGCACACUGCGUAAACGCUCGAAAUCCAUCUCCUCCACUGCACCACGGCUGGGACAGCGCGGUGUGUGCCAUAAGAUCCGGAAGCCAUCAACGAAGAAACCGUCACCACCGACAGCCGAACCAAGCAAACCGAAACCACCGGCCAGCAAGAAAGAAUCGAGAAAGCAUUCCAAACCACGGAAGGAACGUGCCAUCGCAGGCGGGACCAAGAGUUGCCCGACAACACCGAAGAGCCGAACGCUCGAAGAGGAUCAAGAAUCAACAGCCCAGCUGUCGUACCAGAUGGCACGUGUGGCCGAUCUGUUGCGUGCGGGGCAACAGAAUUUUAAACGUGCUCGUCCGCUGUCGCUGACACGCUCGAUGACGGAUCUGAGCACACUGUCCGGUGCUGGGGCCGAUUUCUCCUCUUCCGACGAAGACGAUGGAACCGAUUGUGGCGCGGAUCUGGCCAGUCGUAAGUUCUUCCGUUCCGGUGACAGAAAACGAUCAACGAAGAAGGUGUACAACCAUUUCAACUCAAUUUCCCUCGCCGUACGGAGCGGUGGCAAGAGGAAACUGUCCAGCUUCCCAGCCGCUCCCAAACGGCAGCGGAUGGACUUUAAGAAGGAUUGUUCUUUCGAUUUUGAGCUAGAGCAGCUGGAAGUGGACGAGUUGAUCAAUAGACUAGAUCAAAGUUACAGUGUGCUCUACCAGGAGCCAUACAAAAGCGAAACGCCCGAUGAACCUUUACCCAGUGACGAUACCGAUGACGAUCCCAUCCCGCUGCAACCGAACGUCAUUUACGUUCUCCCGGGUGAGCUAGAAAUGAGCAAUUCAAUGGACGCGAUGGAUUGUGAUUCCAAAGCAUCCGAGACUGAUCCGUCGCAAAUGGUCAUCAUACACGAUACUCCCGCAGUUCUCAAGUCAAAACUGAGUGAAGAUCUGCUCAAUGCAAUGAUCGUCGAUAAUGCAUGCGAUAUACCUCAUCGAUUCAGCGAAUCUCAUGACGAUUCCAGGGACAGUACCUCCUCUGCCGCUGCAGGUCUCAACAGCCAGUACUAUCCCAUAUUCUACAAGGAUCAGGUGAAAGAGCUAUGGCGGGGCCAGCAAAUGGCAGAACAAAAGCACGCGGAUGUGUUCCACGUGCUUCGUGAAUCGCGCUCCAACGCUCACAAGCGUCACGGUACGGGUCACGAUCAGUACCAGAUAGAUGCGGGCCAACGGGCAUACGGAGCGAUCCGAUGUACCGACUGUGGUCUCGUUUACUCACGCCACGAACCAGAGGAGGAGCUAAUUCACGACAAUUUUCAUCGAUCGCAAGCUAAGCUCGUGUUUGGUGGAUGGACGAACGAGCGUCUCGUGACGGCCGUCCCCGAGUGGGACGUUACGGGGCGAAUAAUCGUUGUCGAGCAGGCCGAUAGCAAACACUGGCUCACUAAGGUGCACCAGGUGCUGGAAGUGGUAGACACCGAGCUGGGCUACGCGACGCAAGGUGAGCUACCGGAUGGUGCCUGGUGCGUGUAUCUGGCCGUGGCACGCUCCACCGUGCUCGGGAUCUGCGUGGUGGAAUCACUCCAAUCGGCUAACCGGAUGAUCAGUAUCCCCGGACUGCACGGUUCAUCUAUCGAUUGCUAUUCGUCCGAGUACUAUCCCGCCAGGUGCGGUGUUUCACGCAUUUGGGUAUCACCGAAAUACAGGCGCCUGGGUGUUGGCCGUAAGCUAAUCGAUGCCAUCCGGGGGCACUACAUACUCGGGUACCCGCUAGCCCGCGACGACAUCGCCUUCGGAGCACCGACAGAAAAUGGAAAACAGUUCGCCGAGUCGGUAACCGGACGGAAGGAUUUCCUUGUCUAUCUUUAAGCGUGGUCGUUUCCAGCGGAAAUGCGAUCCACUUUCGAUCUGUUUCUGGUCUUAUUUGUUUGUUUUGUCUUUUACAGUUUUUUCCCCUGAUAUUAAAUAAUAAACCGCAUUCCCCGAAGAGGAAAGGAUCUUUCGGUCCCUGUCCCC